CGGGGCUGUUCGCAGCCGCCCACCGCCUCUCUCACUCCGACACCCGAGGGCGCCGUUCGUCGUCAUCGGCCCCUUUGAUGUGUGGGGCGACUGAGGCCUUUCUAGGUACCAGGCUCGCUGGGCGAGGAGCUCCCGACACGCCAGUUUGUCGCACCUGCCGGGGAGUGGCAGAGCCCUGGGCGCAGCGCGGGACUGGGCCGUGGGGACGCGAUGGCCCUGAGAGCACCGGCGCGCGACCGCUGUGGGUGCGAGCCAGGGCCCGGGGCCGGCUGGCGUGGUGCCUGCGCGCCUUGGCGUGAAACAGGUCAUUGUGAAACUUCUGGGAGAGGUGGCGAGUACAGGAUGGCGCACGGGCCGCUGUUAACUAUGGUUUCCUCGCAUGCAGAAAAUUCAGAGCUGUGUAAUUCUAGGAAAUGAAACAUUAGUUCAGAAGAAGACAGUAGAUUGCCUUACAAGUACAUUUUGCUGUUCACCAUGAAAUUAGGAAAACCUAAAGGGGGUAUUUCUCGGAGCUCAAGCCAAGGAAAAGCCUAUGAGAACAAACGCAAAACAGGCAGGCAGCGGCAGAAAUGGGGAAUGACUGUUCGAUUUGACUCAAGUUUGAGUAGGCUGAGAAGAAGCUUGGAUGAGAAACCCUAUAAAUGUACUGAAUGUGAGAAGAGUUUUAGUCAGAAUUCUACUCUAUUUCAACACCAGAAGAUUCAUACUGGAAAGAAAUCCCAUAAAUGUGCUGAUUGUGGGAAAAGUUUCUUUCAGAGUUCUAAUCUCAUUCAGCAUCGACGGAUUCACACCGGAGAAAAGCCCUAUAGUUGUGAUGAGUGUGGAGAAAGAUUUAAACAGAGCUCAAAUCUCAUUCAGCACCAGAGAAUUCAUACUGGAGAGAAACCCUACCAGUGUGAUGAGUGUGGCCGUUGUUUCAGCCAGAGUUCCCACCUUAUUCAACAUCAGAGAACCCACACAGGGGAGAAGCCCUAUCAGUGUAGUGAAUGUGGCAAAUGUUUCAGCCAGAGCUCUCAUCUGAGGCAGCAUAUGAAGGUGCAUGAGGAAGAGAAGCCUCAUAAAACCUGGGGUAAAAAUAUCAGGGCAAAAACUCACUUGGUAUCUUCUUGGAAAGCUGGUAAAGGAAGGAAGUCAGUGACAGGUCUCCGCUAAGUAAAGGGCACUGCUUCAGCCCUCUUUAAAAAUAUGUAAGUAGAAAAAUUGAAACUGUCUGCUUUAGAACUGGAGAUGCUUUAUAUGAGAGCAUUGAAAUACUAAUAUCCUUCCCUAGCAUGGAGACAUUGGGAAUUUAAUGGCAUUGGACUGAAAGAAACUACAUGAAUCCAGCUUUCCUCUUUAUGUGACAUGGAGCGCAGAACUGAAAAUGUGCUUUGAAAGACUAUAAAAUCUGACCUCAUUUGAAAUUGCUUCCUGCACCAUAUUGACAAAAACCAUUACAUUUUGACAACACAGUUGUGAAUGUGCAGACACACCAGUGAUACUCAGUUUUAGGACUUCUGUGCAAAGAAUAAGUAAAAAGAAAUUUCCUUUUUCGAAGUUCUGCAGUAGAUGAGAAGAUUUUAAGUUUGUAAAGCUUUGUAGCAUAUUAACCAUUGGCUUAUGACUCAAGAGUCAGCAUAUUAGAGUGUAUUCAAGUUCAUAGAUUUUUAAUAAGGCCCGUCACUCUAUGUUAGCUUUCUUGUAUUUCUUUCCUUCUGCCUAUAUGGAUAGCUAUUAAAGGAGUAAGGAUUUCCCUGUUUGUUUUGUUUUGUUUUUAUUAAACCAUAUUCUUACUAAAGUAUUAUGGAAUCCAAACCAAAUUAGACCACAAGUUUCCUAUUCCUGCUAAUACUGUUCUUCAUGAUAGUGUUCUGCUGUGUCACUUGUUUUCCAGAAGUUGAGAUGGAUUUAUGUUAAUCCAUUCCCAUGUCUUUGACCUCUUUUUGCCACUCUCUUAAGCUCUGACAAACUGAGCCAGCCUUUUAGAUCUACAUGAAUAAACAGGUUGUUUUUGCCAACAAAAUCUUAGCUUGCUUCUUACUGAUUAAAGAUCUAUAAUUUACAUGACUGCCUGCCAUCAACACUGAGCUUUAGAUAACCCUUGUUUUCUUAAAUGUUUGUCAACAGCAAAAGUCAUUUACUGUACAUAACAGUGUAUUGUAUUUUUUUUUUUUUUUUGGAUUACCUGAAUUGUUUAAGAAGCCUACUAGAAACAAGUUUCUUAACUUCCAUCAAUGGGUGCCAGGUGUCAGACUUUCUGAUCGACCUUCAGCUCAGGUUUUAAUUUCUAUUGAGUGCUAACAUUCUUCCUUUUUUUUUGUAUCUUUUAUAAUCAUAUCAAUCCCUGCUGUAUUAAAGACAAUAACUCAUACAAAUAAAAAAUGAAAUAUUUUGUA